UAUUUGACUUCCUUGUCCAUGAACCCAAGAAAACAGUUCAACAAAAAAGCCCAAUAUAGUAUAUCACUUUUAAAAAAGAAGUCGUCACGUCAGUGACCUUUUUGGUUCUAUAAUUAUUUGGAUUUGCAACUCCCCUUAACACAUGCAAUUGAUACCUCCCAAAGUUAACAACUAGUUUUGAGUGAGGGUAUUUACCGUUCGAGCAACUAUAUUGUCUUUGAGGCCCCUAUUUUGCCUGUUGAUAUGAAGGCAAAACUGAAGGUAGAGAAGAAGCCAUUAAGUCCAUCUUCAUCAAUGGGUUCUUCAAAUUAUGCAAAAAGGAGAAGCUUCAGUAGACCCUCUUGGCUUCUUUGCACUGUUGCUGAUUUGGAUGAGAAGAUGAAGAAGGUGGCUCUUAAAAUCCCAGAAAAAGACACUUCUGAUAGUUUUGCAGAACGCGCCGAUGCCUAUUACCAGCAAAGGCCACAACUCUUGGCCUUACUUCAAGAAUUGUACAACAGCUAUGUCUCCUUGGCUGAUCGCUACUGCCAAGCACUUGCCAAGAACCAUAAUCAUCGUCGAUACUCUUCUCCCAUUCCACCACUAAGUUACAAUGAGAAUGGUUUCUGCAAUGAGGAAGACAAUUCCACCACUAAGUCAAUUGAUUCUGAUGCAGAGAGUUCAUUGUCAUAUCAGCCUUCCUUUCCACCUUCAACACAAAACAAAAUUGAUGUUGAAAUGAUGGUUGCUGACUUGGUGAUCAGAAAUGUGGACUAUGAUUUCGUUUUGGAUGAGCUCAAUCAAGUGGAAAGGCAAAACAAUGAGUCAUCAAGGAAGAUAGAGUUGCAGAAAAGCUUACUGGAUGUGAUGGAGUCAGAGAGGUUGAUACUGUUAAAUGAGAAUGCUACAUUGGGAUACAAGGUGGCUACAUUAAUGGAGGAAAACAACGUGGUGUCUUCGGAGUCUCUGUUCAUGAAGAAGAAGGCUGGUGAGCUCGCAAAGUGCAUAUUAAGGAUGCGGGAGGAUCAUAGGGUUUGCAUGCUAAGUCGAAAGAUUGAGGAUCUUCAAGGACAAAUCUACGGGCUGGAGAAGAGGAACAAAGAGUAUUAUGAUCAGCUUGUGAAGCAUGAAGAAGAGAAGACGCGGAGGUCCAAAUCAAUGAAGGUUAAAGGAGAAGUUAGCAUGAAAUAUUGCUUUAAAGUUCCUGAAGACGUCGUUGUUGGGAUUACUAGGAGCUUUAGUUUUGGAAAUAUGAAGAAGGGUGGUGGUGACCAGCAGGGAAAUGCUACGGCAGAUGGUAGGAAGAAAGUUCCUAAGCUGUGGGAUAGGGUCAAGAAGUUUGAUUUCUUCUUUUGUGGACCUAAUCUCAACUCAGCUUAUUGCUGAUGAUAGGGCUAUCAAAAUGUUUACUAGAUUGAAAUUAUAACUUUACUAGUAUACCGUUAAUUGGGCAGAGAGCGAGAGAGAAACUUUACUCUUGUAUUUUGUGUGUUCUACUCCAUCCUUUUAGCAGGAUAUGAAUUGCAUAUGAAGGAAACUUCAAUUGCUGCCCUAA